AUGGCCUUCUCUGGAUCUGGCCUUCUCCUAGGCUAUUUUCAUGGCAUCGUCACAUACAUACGAGACCAUUUCUAUGUUGAGAACCUGCAGCUCUCGGGAAUCAGUGGAGGCUGCUCAACAAUUCUUGCACUCGCCAUGGGCAUUGAUUUGUAUCAGAUCCUUCUGUUGGGCUUACACAUGAAACAAAUAUUUUUGAAGAAGGGUAUCUACUGGCAUGACUUUGAGGACAUGGUGGAAUUUACCAUGCAACACUGGAAGCAGAUUGGAAUCUCAGAUGAAGAUGUGGCCGAGCUUGCUGCUAGAAAGCAGUGCCACAUAGGAGUUACAAAGUGCUUUCCACCUGGGCAUUGCUGCAUUGAAACUCCUCACACACUUCGGGACCUGGUGGCUUUGGUGCUCUCUUCGAUGAGCGUCGUGCCGUUCUUCCGCACACCUGGUAUUUACGAAGGAAAGUACUACAUUGAUGGUGGUUUCUCAGCAAUGUACUCCGUUCCUCCUGGUCAACGGUGGGACGAGGUCAUCAAGGUCACUUGCUUCCCCUGGUGGGCCACAUUGUUUCCUCCUGCACUGGGCAUAGCUGAUAUUCAGCCUUAUCGCUUCAUGCCUACCGAAGUGUUUGUGCUUUACCCGUGGGAGCACCAACGAGAGCUGAUCAAGCAGGGCUACGAGGAUGCCAAGCUUCAGCAUGACCAGCUAGUUGCCAGAGGAUUGCGCCCCUUGCCAAAUGCACCCUUGACACCAUGGUCUGAAUGGGAAAGCCUCUUUGCGGGUAUUGAUGAAAACAAUUUGCCGCCCUUGAGUUCACAGCGCUCCACUGUGGUGGCAUCGGAGAUGGAGAAGCACCACUAUGAAGUUCUUCGCACAUUUUCGCAGUCCGACUUGCAUGAUGUCCUGAAGGGCCCCAGGCUACGACGCUUUGACUGUGCAGGCUCUCGCAGUGAAGCAAAUUGUGCAGAGCUAUACAAGUCUGCCUCAAUCAUGUCGCGCGCGUGGAGAUAA